AUGAUUCGAGAAUGUACAGAGUGGUUGAACAAGAAAUUCUCAAGUUUUGAAUCUCCGAGGAAAAAGGUCCCAUUCCUCAGAGGGCGAGUAUACAUAUUUAACCUUUUAGUUAUUUUAUACGGAAGUUGCAAAAUUUAUGGCAAAAAGACCCACACUUGGUUUAAACUCGGAAUAUACAUUUCAUUCUUUUGCUCGGCUUGCAAUACUUUGGUGACGGCGUUCUAUCAUAAUAGGGAUUUGAGUAUCGAGCAAAGAAGCAUUAUUAAAAGAGUUGAUUAUGCAGGUUUGCAACCUCAAUUUUAUGGCUCUGGGGAGUCGGUCUUUUCUGUAAGUUAUUCAUUUCUCAUUUUUUCAGUGAUCUUUCAGUGCCUCAUAUACGAUUUUUGUGGGAUGCCGAAAUGGGUUAGAGUGAUAGCAUUCACUUGUUUUGGCUUUAUGAAUCAUUAUCUAACUGUAGCUUUGUACAAAUCGGGGGAAUUUUCAGUUUUAUGGGACCUUAUAUAUUCAGCCACCCUUUAUUUAUUAGGUGGUUUAUGCUACGGAGCAAAAUUCCCGAAUCUCAUCCCAAGAAUCUUCGAACAUCAUGAAUUUAUGCAUUUAGUAAUGAUUAUAGCAAAUUUGAUUUCUAUGCGUUGUAAUAUAAAGGUUAUGUAG